UUCUUAUAAAUAUGACCUGCUAGUGAUAUUCUCGUGGAAUAAGACAUAAUACUUGAUUUUAAUAAUAAUUACAAUAAACAUAUAAUGUUUUUAUUGUAUUUGUGUGUUUGUGUGAGUGUGGUGGUAUGUUAUGAAGUGCCUCCGGCUAAAUUGGAGGCUAUUUAUCCUAAAGGAUUUAGAGUGUCUGUCCCUGACGAUGGCUUUUCCCUCUUCGCCUUCCACGGCAACCUCAACGUGGAAAUGAAUGGUCUUGAAGGAGGGCAAUGGUCCAGAGACAUCACAAAAGCCAUUAACGGAAGAUGGACCUUCAGCGACCGAGAGGCGCAGCUGAAGGUCGGAGACAAGAUAUAUUUCUGGACGUAUGUUGUAAAGAAUGGACUGGGGUAUAGACAGGAUAACGGGGAGUGGACAGUCACAGAAUACGUGGACGAAGCCGGUAACCCGGUGAACACCGAGCCAGAAUACAUACCAGCCGGCUUCCCCUGCGUCAUAUCUACCACGGAAGUCUCGAUGCCAGGAUAUGUGUGCAAGGGGCAGCUCCUGUUCGAGGAUAACUUCAACUCUGGGAUCGCGAAGGGGAAUAUUUGGACGCCGGAAAUUAAGUUCCCUCAAGAACCAGAUUUUCCAUUCAACGUGUACUUGAACGACCGCAACCUCCGCGUUCAAGAUGGGCGGUUGAUCAUCAAACCUAUCCUCCUGGAGUCCAAAUAUGGAGAAGAUUUCGUAAGGCAGUCCUUGGACCUGUCGACUAGAUGUACCGGCCCACUCGGCACGUCGCUAUGUGAGCAAACUGCUUCUGGACCUCAAAUACUGCCGCCCAUCAUCACAGCCAAGAUCACCACCAAGAACAAGUUCAACUUCAAAUAUGGCAGGGUCGAAGUCAGCGCCAAAAUGCCUUUGGGGGACUGGUUGUAUCCAGAAAUCCAGCUGGAACCUCGUGACAAAGAAUAUGGCAUAUGGAAGUAUUCCUCAGGUGUUCUUCGCAUCGCGUGUCUGAAGGGAAACAAGCAGUAUUCUAAGCAGCUGUAUGGGGGACCUAUCAUGUGCGAUACCGAACCUUACAGAUCAAUGCAUUUGAAAGGAAAAAUUGGGUUCGACAAUUGGAGUUCAGCUUUUCAUAACUACACAUUAUUAUGGAAACCAACCGGCAUAUCUCUGUACGUGGACGGAGAGGAGUACGGGUCGGUCGAGCCCAACUUCUACCAGAGUGCGAAAGACAACAACGUUACCGCCGCGUCCAGUUGGCUGAAAGGUUCCGUCAUGGCUCCUUUUGACAAACUGUUCUACAUAUCCCUCGGUCUGAACGUGGGCGGCAUACGAGAGUUCCCAGACAGCGACAUUAAACCCUGGAAGAAUCUUAACAGCAAGGCCAUGUUGAAUUUCUGGAACAGCCGAGACCAGUGGUACGCCACGUGGUACGACGACACCAGCGCACUGCAAGUGGACUACGUGCGGGUGUAUGCUUUAUAGAAGAAAGAAAAAAAAACUUGCCUUUUUUGGCAGUAGUUA